AUUCAGGAAACCCCGUGGAGUUCACUACCCUGCAACCAUUGUUUUCUUACCUUUCUGGAGAACCUUUUACACUUUGCUGUUUCUUUUGUGAUCAUAUCAUGGCUGGUGCACUUGUUGGUGGAGCUUUCCUUUCUGGCUUCAUUAACGUUCUAUUUGACAGGUUCCUUACAACUGAUGUGGUCAACUUGGUCUUGGGCAAGAAGCUUGGCCCUGACUUGGUUGAAAGGCUGAAGAUCUCUCUGCAUGCUGCUGAAGUUCUGGUUGAUGAUGCUGAGUACAAGCAACUGGGCAAUGAACAUGUGAGGGAUUGGCUCAACAGUCUGAGGGAUGCUGUUUAUGUGGCUGAUGACUUGCUGGAUGCUGUCCUCACCAAAGCCGCCACUCAAAAGGAAACGGAGGUAAGUUCUUUCCUCAACCCCAUUAACUUCUUCAUCAACCGGGAUAGGGAGAUGGUAGAUAAGAUGGAAGGGGUGGUUAGAAGAAUAGAGUAUCUUGAAAAACAAAAAGAUUUCCUUGGUCUUGAGAAGAGUACCAAGAAGAACUUCUUGUCAUGGAGAAUUCCAUCCACAUCUCUGGUGGAAGGUAAUAUCCUUGGCAGGGAAAAGGACCAAAAGGAAAUCAUCAAGAUAUUAGAUGAUAAUAGAGAAUAUCAGUUGUCUGUGAUUCCCAUUGUGGGCAUAGGUGGGGUUGGCAAAACAACUUUAGCACAGUGGGUGUUUAAUAAUGAAGACUUGAUGAAAGGAUUUCAAGUCAAAGAAUGGGUUUGUAUCUCUGAAGACUUCAAUAUUGUUGAGGUUACAAAGAAUGUUAUAGGCCAAACUGCUCGUAAUGUUGAUGAUUUCAAUUCACUUCAACUCAUAUUGAAGGAAAAGUUGUCACAAACGAAGUUUUUUAUUGUGUUGGAUGAUGUUUGGAGUGAUGAUGGUGAUGUCUGGAAGAAAUUUAAAACCCCAUUUCAAUAUGGAGCCAAGGGAAGUACAAUUCUUAUAACAACUCGUGUCAAAGAAGUUGCUUCCAUUGUCCAAACUUGUCCCCCCUACAUUCUGAAUGAGUUGUCUGAAGAUUGUUGCUGGUCAGUGUUCGCAAACAAUGCUUGCUUUCCAGAAUCAAAUGGGAGUCCAAGACUAGAAGAAAUUGGUAGAAAGAUUGUCAACAAGUGUAAGGGGCUACCAUUAGCUGCAGAAACACUUGGACGUAUGUUGCGAAUGAAGGACGACAUUAAUGAAUGGGAAGCUUUACUAAUGAGCGAUAUUUGGGAUUUUUCUGUGAAAAACAGUAAAAUUAUUCCAGCAUUGUUAAUUAGUUACUUCCAUCUUCCUGCACAUUUAAAGCGUUGUUUUAUUUACUGUGCAUUGUAUCCGAAAGAUUAUCUUUUUGAUAAAGAUAAACUAAUCUUGCUGUGGAUGGCUGAAGAUCUUUUAAGGGCACCAAAGAGAGGAGAGAGUUUAGAAGAAGUUGGCUGCAAAUGUUUUGAAGAAUUAGCUUCCAGAUUAUUUUUUAAACCACAUGAGUAUUUAUCUGAGUGUUUUGUUAUGCAUGACCUUUUACAUGAUUUAGCAUUGUUCCUUUCUGGAGACUUCUAUUGUAGUUUUGAAGAGCUUGGUGAUGUGGACAAUAUGUCUGACCGAACUCGUCAUUUAUCCUAUAAAAAAUUGAGUCAUUUGUCCUCAAAACAUUUUGAUUCCAUAAGUAAAGUUGAAUCUUUGAGAACAUUAUUGCUCAUCAAUUUAUUUCCUCACUCAUGCAAGGCAGAUGUUGAAACAUCGUGUAUCCUAAUAUCAAAGCUCAAAAGAUUGAGAGUUUUGUCAUUUCUCAGGUUUGAAAGAUUCGAAGCAUUACCUGAUUCAAUAGGUGAAUUAACCUACUUGCGUUACUUGGAUCUCUCUAGAACAAGCAUUAGGACACUACCAGAAUCAUUGUGUGAUUUGUACAAUCUACAAACACUGAAGUUGCAUGGGUGUUCUUGUUUGACUAUGCUACCUAAUGGCAUGCAUAAGCUUGUGAAUUUGCGACAUCUUGAUAUUUGGGGAACUUCUUUGGAAGGAAUGCCAGGAGGCAUGAACAAAUUGAAACACUUGCACUUUCUAAGCUUCUUUAUGGUGGGCAAACAUGAAGACAAUAGAAUCCAAGAGUUAGAAGGGCUUUCAAAUCUUCAUGGUUCAUUUGAGAUUAAGAAAUUGGAGAAUGUUGUUGAUGUGAAAGAAGCAAGGAGGGCGAAGAUAUUGGAUAAGAAGCACAUUGAGUGCUUAUUGUUGGAAUGGUCUUCAGGUGAUGAUAUGGUUUCAGACACACAAACUGAAAGAGAUAUACUCAACAGCUUGCAACCACACAAUGGCUUGAAAAAGUUGAAAAUCAAGGGAUACAAGGGUACAAUAUUUCCAGAUUGGUUGGGAUUCUGUUCCUACAACAAUAUGACAAGUGUAUCUCUAGAGUCUUGCAAGAAUUGCUGCAUGCUGCCUUCACUUGGACAGCUGCCAUCUCUUAAGUCCCUGAGGAUUCGAGGUUUCGAUCAGCUGAGGAGUAUUGGCGACGAGUUUUACAAGAAUGAAGGCGAUCAUCAUUCUUCGCCUAUUGCACCGUUUCCCUUGCUGGAGAGUUUGGAGUUUGAUAACUUGCCAUGUUGGGAGGUGUGGCACUUAUCUGAGUCAGAAACUUUUCCUCAACUCAGGAAGCUUGAAAUAAGAUAUUGUCCAAUGUUAAAGGGACAUAUGCUUAACCAUGUAUUCUUGAGAAUGUUUUCUUCUUUAUCAGAUGUUUCAAAUGUUCGCAAACUAGAUAUACUGGAAGAUAAUAAAAAAAGGUCUCAAAAGAUGUUAGAUAAUGGGGAGACUUUAUCAAUUAGGGGAUGUAAAUACAUACUGGAGUAUGCAUUUAAGGCAACCAUCGUCCACCAUCUAACUUCCCUCCAAGAAAUACAAAUCUCAGGGUGUUUGUCUGCUGUGUCCUUUCCAGGCAAUUGUAUAACCAAAUCUUUGCAAAAGCUGAAAAUCUUGAAUAGCAGCAAACUGGAAUUCCCCCAGCAAGAGCAGAAGUAUGAUUUGGUAGAACUAAAAAUUGAAAACAGCUGUGAUUCACUGACCUCCUUCUCAUUGGAUGCCUUUCCCAACCUUAAGAAUCUUGAGAUAUCAUGGUGUUGGAAUCUGGAAUCAGUUUCAAUGUCAGAGCGACCGCACGCUGCUCUUCAACGUCUCACCAUCCAUCAAUGCUCCAAAUUUGUGUCAUUUCCAAGAGAAGGACUAGAUGCACCCAACUUGACUCAUUUCAAUGUCACUGGCUGCUCAAAGUUGGAGGCAUUGCCAUGUCACAUGAAUUCUCUUCUUCCAAAUUUACAGUCUCUCAACAUAAGAGAUUGCCAGAAAAUGUGUAGAUUGCCAGAGGGUGGUUUGCCACCUAACUUGAAAGAGCUUACUAUCGGGAAACAAUGGAAGGUUCUAUCAACAAUGGGCAAUUCUGAUGCCCUCACUCAUCUUUCCAUCUAUGAUUGUGAUUGGUAUAAUAAAAGCACAAGGUCAUUCCCAGAGGUUGGUUUGCUGCCUCCUCUUCCUUCCCUCACCACUCUGUGUCUCUAUUACUUUCCAAAUCUGGAGACAUUGGAGUGCAUUGAGCUUCUCCGCCUCACCUCCCUCCAACAAUUGUCAAUUAUGUCGUGUCCGAAGCUGGAGAAUAUGGCAGGAGAAAAGCUGCCUCCCUCUCUGUCACUACUUCAAAUUAAAGGCUGUCCUUUGCUUGGAGAACACUGCAACAACAAGCAUCAACUAAUUUGGUCCAAAAUUUCACACAUUCCCAACAUUCAAGUCCAUCGCAAACAAUUUUUCUGAAAUGGGAUUUCUCACUAGGUUUUGGUCAUUUUAUUUGUCACAAGCCAAAACCUUUUGGAGUGUCUCUCUACAUUCCCAUUAGUGUAUGAACCUAAUCAGAUUUGGAUUAACAAGAUUGGAAAUCGGAAAUUCUUCACUCAUAGUUCUUGAAUUUGGAGGUGUGAUUGUGAUC